AAUAGGGGGCUUUUAGAUUUAUUUGAUUUUAGUAACAAAGGAGUUGCAUUUAACUGUAAUUACAGCUAUUGGAGAUUCAAUCGUCAAAUUUUUUCUCGAGCUAUGAGGACAGCAGCUUCUUCUGACAGAACUAUUAAGUUGAUGAAUAUUUUAUCUGAAGAGAUGAUAAAUCAUUGGAUUGAUUUAAAAAAUCCUGAUGAUGAUUCAACAAUCAUUGAGGCAUCUACUUGGAUGUAUAAAUUUUCUUUUGAUUUUUUAUUCGGAGUAGUAACUGGUAGUCCAUCAUUUGCGAUGAAAUCAUAUUAUCAGAGAUUGAAAAAAAUUGAUAUUACAAAAGAGUUAAUGGAAUCUGAGAAGUAUUCUAAUUGCGUAAGAAAUUUUCAAAAUGAUAAUCUAUUUGUAUUUAUGCCAAAACUUUUAAGAUAUAUUCCAAUACUCAGAAACCGUAUUCAGAGUUUGUUAAAUGAUUGUGACUUUAUGAAAGAAAAAUCGCUAGAAAGAAUUAGGAAAAGAAGAAAAGAAGUUGAAAAAAUAGUUAAUAGUGGUAACUUUGAUUCGAAACAUUUAGGAAAUGAUCUAUUAACAUCAAUGAUUAUUACAAAUACUCCAUAUGAAAUUCAUUCUCAAAUUAAUAUCGAUCCUUCAUUGUCAAGGCCAAUGACUGAUGAUGAAAUACUUGGCAUUUUGUUUGAAUCAUUUAUACCUUCGGAUACUAUCUCAAAUACUUUCUGUUUUGCAUUAUAUUACAUUUCAAAGAAUCUAAAUGUUAAAAAGAAAUUGCUAGAGGAGAUAAAAACAGUUUUCAACGAUGAUCUAACUAGACCGAUAACUCUGGAUGACCUUAAUAAGUUAAGAUAUUGUGAAGCAAUCAUUAAAGAAACGUCAAGAAUAAGACCUGCGGUCCCUCUCGUAUCAAGAUAUACUAAUCAUGCUGAUGAAAUAGCAGGAUAUUCCUGGCCAUCAACUACUGACACUUUAUUCGUAAUGUAUGUUCGAGGCGUUAAUAAUAACCCUUUUAAUUGGAAAGAUCCUGAAAAGUUUAUUCCUGAAAGAUUUUAUGAAUCUCAAGAAAUUAAAAAUCAUCAUAAAUUUUCAUUUUCAAUGUUUGGUGGAGGUUUAAGAUUAUGUGUAGGUAAAGAUAUUGCAAUGCUUCAAAUGAAAUUAUUAUUGGCUUUACUUUAUAGAAAGGUUGACAUUGAACUUGUAGAUAUGAAU